AUGGAUAGCACUUUUAAAAUCAAGGACCUGGGCAACUUGAGCUAUUUCCUAGGUAUUGAAGCUCAGUAUUCUACAAAAGGACUGAACAUUUGUCAGCGUAAAUAUGCCUUAGAGAUCCUUAGUGAGACCGGUUUUCUUGAAUGCAAACCUGCAAGGACUCCCAUGGCUCCAGGUUCCAAACUUGCUCAUGGUGAAGGCUUGCCAGUUGAUGAUCCCAGCAGUUAUAGACGAUUGGUCGGGCGGUUGCUAUACCUCACAGCCACUAGACCCGACAUCGCCUACGCCGUUCAACAACUGAGCCAGUUUGUUGAUGCUCCCACCGAUCACCAUCUAUCAGCAGCUCAUAGGGUUCUCAGAUACAUCAAAUCCUCACCUGGCCAAGGUCUGUUUUAUCCAUGCAAAACAGACUUACAUCUCAAGGUAUUCUCAGACUCGGAUUGGGCUACAUGUUCUGAGUCACGCAAAUCCAUCACUGGAUUUUGCGUCUUCUUGGGCUCGGCAUUGAUCGCAUGGCGUUCCAAAAAGCAAGCCACAGUGUCAAAAUCGUCAUCCGAAGCGGAAUAUCGUGUCAUGGCCUCAGCAGUCUGUGAAGUUCAGUGGCUAACUUACCUUCUUCACGACUUGCAGAUUACGCCUAACAAGCCAGCCACCCUAUUCUGUGAUAACAAGUCGGCAGUUGCAAUAGCUGAGAAUCACGUUUUUCAUGAACGUACGAAACAUAUUGAAAUUGAUUGCCACAUUGUACGUGAAAAACUUUCUCAAGUAUCUGUCAGUGAAAUUCUCAAAUUCCCCCUUGUUAAGGAAGCACAUGUUAUGAUGAAUGGUGUCUACGAAUCUCUAAAUGGACGUAUUUCAGCAUUAGAAAAGGUGAAAGCAGUCGAGGCAACAAAACAAGUGGAAGCUGCUGAGUAG